UCGAAGCAUAUCUUCAAGUGCAUCCGUAGGAUGAGCUAAAAUGGUGACGAAUAUGCACAUUUAUUUAACCGCAAUCCUAAUUUUGCAAUAAUAAUAUUAUUCUAGGAAUAGAGGAAGGUAUCGUACUUUUUACGAGAACGAGCGUCAAAAUUACUACAAUCACAAAAAUCGCAGUAUUGUUCUAGCAUUGUUUCACACGCGUUUCCAGUUUCGUUGAUUAGACCUCUUUAAACUAACAUAAGCAAGUGAGGAAGCCGCGAGAAGAAAGUGACGUUAUUUAUUCUUCGAUUUAACGAAUCCAGUGCGCGUAGUCGGAUAAAAAAGAGAUUUGCUGUGAUGAUUUCAUUAAUCUGGCCGAAAUCCCGGCGAUAAUGAUUACGACAACGUAUUAGCGUGACAUCGUCGAUAAGUGACGUCGUGACGUACGUACGAUUUUGAAGGUUACGAACUGACAAAUCGUUUCGGGAGGUAGAGAGAGCCGUGAACGGCCUGUUCUGCGUGCUCGAGUUUUACAACAUCACCAGAAGGAAUUGGCAUGGCUUCCGGAAUAUUGCAGAAUGUUCAAUGAUCCUUUUUAGAAAGCCAUAGACCUUGUAACGAAGGCUACGGAGGAAGACCGUAAUAAGAAUUAUGAGGAAGCGCUUAGACUGUACGAGCAUGCUGUUGAAUACUUUUUACAUUCAAUCAAAUAUGAGACUCAUGGAGACAGAGCGAAGGAAAGUAUAAGAGCAAAAUGCAUGCAGUACUUGGAGAGAGCGGAAAAAUUGAAGGCUUACUUAAAAAAGAGCAAAAAGAAGCCAGUUAAAGCUGGAGAGGACAAUUCCAAGAGCGAGGAUAAGAAGAGCGACAGCGGUGAUAGCGAUACCGACAGCGAUCCUGAAAAGAAGAAGCUGCAGAGUAAAUUGGAAGGCGCUAUAAUCAUCGAAAAGCCAGACGUUAAGUGGAGCGACGUAGCUGGUCUCGAUGGAGCCAAAGAAGCUUUGAAGGAAGCUGUUAUUCUACCGAUUCGUUUCCCUCAUCUUUUCACUGGGAAACGCAUCCCUUGGAAGGGUAUUUUAUUAUUUGGGCCACCAGGUACUGGUAAAUCGUACUUGGCAAAAGCAGUGGCAACGGAAGCCAACAAUUCUACCUUCUUCUCCGUAUCAUCGUCGGACCUAGUGAGCAAGUGGUUGGGAGAGUCGGAGAAGCUGGUGAAAAAUCUGUUCGAAUUAGCGCGACAGCAUAAACCUAGCAUUAUAUUUAUCGAUGAGAUAGACUCGCUCUGCUCGUCGCGUUCCGACAACGAGUCGGAAUCUGCAAGGAGGAUAAAAACAGAGUUUCUAGUUCAGAUGCAAGGUGUAGGAUCUGAUAACGACGGUAUACUCGUUUUGGGCGCCACCAACAUACCCUGGGUCCUGGAUUCCGCGAUCAGGCGAAGAUUCGAGAAGAGAAUUUACAUUCCGUUGCCCGAGGAACAGGCGCGUGCCGUUAUGUUUAAGCUUCACCUGGGCAACACGUCGCAUUGUCUAACGGAAGAGGAUUUUAAGAAAUUAGCGGCAUCGACCGAGGGUUACUCGGGAGCGGACAUCAGCAUCAUCGUACGGGACUCUCUGAUGCAGCCAGUCCGCCAGGUACAAACGGCCACGCACUUCAAGCGCGUCAGAGGGCCGUCACCGAAGGAUCCUACCGUUAUCGUCGACGAUUUACUUACUCCGUGCUCGCCCGGCGAUCCAGCGGCCAUUGAGAUGAGCUGGAUGGAAGUGGAUGGCGAUAAAUUAUACGAACCACCAGUCACGAUGAAAGAUAUGUUGAAAUCGUUAGCAACAACCCGUCCUACAGUAAACGAAGAAGACAUGGCGAAAUUAGAGAAAUUUAAGGAAGAUUUUGGUCAAGAAGGUUGAGACCGUUGAGUUCUUUCUCUCUCACUCUCUCUCUUUCUCUUUCUCUCGCGCGCAAUUAAGUAAAUGGAAUUUUAAUUGAAACAAAUAUUUUUAGUCAAUACACGCUUGCCUUAUGCCUCUUAUGAGUAUGAACACUCCACGUGUCUGUAUAAAUAUAAAACUCGGAAACGGGUUUACUUUCUUCUAUCCCCUCAUUUGGUUCUCCUCUUUUCUUUUAAACGCAACACAUUAAAACGGACACGCCGUAAACUUAUCGCUUGUACCAUUUUGCGGAAAUAGUGCAUAAAUUACGAAAUAAACACUAUACACACACACACACACACACACAUACAUAUAUAUAUAUUUUUUGAGAUACAAAGUUCUUAGAGACUUAUAUACGACACGGUUCAAGACGAAAAGUAGAUUAUUUUUUAUUAUAACGUAAUGCAAAGUAGGGAGAACGUUUGCGACACGCGUCUACGAGAUACUCCGAUAAAGUGUGGUAAAGUCUGUAUUUAAUGCAUCAUUAUUAUAUAAUCGGUAUGUAUAUCUAACAAAUUAAUUGUAAAUCAUGUAGAUUUUAUAGUUAUUUCCUAAUCAUUCGCGAGAGUGUAUGGUUGUGACCGCUCCUGUGCGUUGUCACGUUGCCAUAUUCUGGCACGACAGCGAAUGGAGACGAUCGCGUACAGCUGAGGAGACAUCACGCCAAUCUGGCCAAUUUAUGAUAAAUUUGCUAACUGAGAUCAGUGAAUUAACACGUGUUAUAUGUAAUAUAUUUACAUGUGCAUUAUAUCGAUAUCCAGAGUGCUGUUUUCAUGUAAAUUGUUUUUAUUGUUACUAAAUAAAUAACAAGCUGUA